AUGCUUCCCUCCCAAACCUAUGUCAACAUCUCCUUCUUCCAGCCACCUGCUUUCCUGUUGAUUGGCAUCCCAGGACUGGAGGCAAUACAUGGCUGGAUCUCCAUCCCCUUCUCCUCCAUGUACACCGUGGCCCUCACUGGAAACUGCCUGAUCAUGUUGGCUGUAAAGAGAACUUCCAGCUUACACCAGCCCAUGUACUACUUCCUGUCUAUGCUGGCCCUCAAUGAUGUAGGCCGUACCUUGUCCACACUACCCACAACCUUGGGUGUGCUCUGGUUUGAUUAUCAGCCCAUUGGUUUCAAUGCCUGCCUGGUUCAGAUGUUCUUCCUUCACUCAUUUUCUGUGGUGGAGUCCUCAGUACUGUUAGCCAUGUCCUUUGACCGCUUUGUGGCCAUCUCCAACCCCCUGCGUUAUGCAACUAUUCUCACAAAUAGUGUCAUCAUCAGAAUUGGGCUGGCCAUUGUGGCUCGAGCAACUGUGUCCCUCUUUCCUGGACCCUUCUUGCUGAAACGACUAAAUUUUUGCCCUGGCAAGAUCCUCCUGUCCCACUCAUUCUGUUUCCAUGCAGAUGUCAUGAAGCAAGCCUGUGAUGACAUUACUGUCAACAUCCUUUAUGGGCUCUAUGUGGUACUUUCCACGGUGGGUGUAGACUCUUUGCUUAUUGUCUUGUCCUACACCCUUAUUCUUCAUACAGUGGUGGGUCUGGCCUCUCCCAGGGAACGUAUCCGGGCCCUCAACACAUGUGUGUCUCAUAUCUUAGCUGUUCUUGUUUUCUACAUCCCCGUCAUAGGUGUGUCCAUGAUCCACCGUUUUGGGAGGCACCUGCCACCUAUUGUUCAUGCCGUAGUUGCCUAUGUGUACUUGGUGGUGCCCCCUGUGCUCAAUCCCAUCAUCUACAGUGUGAAAUCCAAGCCCAUCAGGGAGGCCAUGUUCAGAGUACUGAGGAAGAAAAAACAAGGGUGA